AUGUCCACGCUGGCCAGCUCCGCCACCGUCCACUGCGUGCCCGAGCGCGCAUGGGCGCGGUACUGCGCUUUACGCGCCAUCCAGAAUGCAUUUGGACGGCUGGCAACUGCACUCGUAACAGAUGGCGUCUCCGCACUGGUAACAGAUGAGAGCUGUGACGUAACGCGUCAUUUGUGUCCGCAGGUACCCCCACCUGGCAGUGAUUCCAUCGAUUUUUUUCUCAAGUUGUCUGUUGAAACCCUCUUCUUCAUCUUCUAUUAUAUGGAAGGUACAAAGGCCCAGUAUCUGGCGGCGAAGGCGCUGAAGAAGCAGUCCUGGAGGUUCCACACCAAGUACAUGAUGUGGUUUCAGCGGCACGAGGAGCCCAAGGUCAUCACCGACGAAUAUGAGCAGGGCACGUACGUGUACUUCGACUUCGAAAAGUGGAGCCAGCGGAAGAAGGAGGGCUUCAAGUUCGAAUACAAAUUUCUGGAGGACCGGGACCUGAACUGACGCAUACAAAGCGACGCGCUGUAUUUGUGUCUCUCAGUGUGGUGGCGCGCUGGCCGGCUCGUCCGGCCGGCGGUGAUUCUCAGGGGGUCGUCCCCCGCCGCUGCGGGCCCGCCGCCGGCCGGCGCGGCGCCGCG